GUUCGUGUCAUUGCCAUGAAGUAUCUCGCUGCCUACCUUCUUCUUACCACCGGUGGCAAGGCUAAUCCCACCGCCAAGGAUAUUACCACCCUUUUGGGUUCCGUCGGCGUCUCUGUCGAAGAGGAGCGUGUUGCUUCCUUGAUCAAGGCUCUUGAGGGCAAGUCCGUCGAAGAGCUUAUUGCCGAGGGCAAGGAGAAGAUCUCUUCCGUCCCUACUGGUGGUGUUGCUGCUCCCGCUGGUGCUGCUGCUGGUGCCUCCACUGAAGAUGCCAAGGUCGAGGCUGCCGUUGAGGAAAAGGAAGAAUCUGACGAUGACAUGGGUUUCGGUCUCUUUGAUUAAAAGUUAUCCUCCACAUCCACAUACAUACAAAUUGUAAACCAUCCAUUUUAUUAUUCUCUAUCCAGCAGCAACGGACAUUUUUUUUUCGUGUCAUUGCUGAAUAAAUAAAAACAAUAGGCAUGGAUAUAUUUGAGCUUUU